AUGGCGGAGCAAAACCCGCCAAUCGAAGAUGACAACCGCCGGCAGCGGUUGGGUCGCCUCGAGGAGCACAUCCUCGACCCAAAGUCAGAGAUCAGCGUUGACUCUCUCCUGGACUGCGUCCAGGCCCUCUUUACUGAUUGUGAUCACCCGACCCUUCGUCGGGUCAAAAACAUUGAUUCAUUUCUUCAAAGAUAUGAAAAAACGAACCAACUGAUUGUCAGCUGUCGGCCAAAACCGGACGACUUUCUCGUUCUGAAAACCAUCGGACGCGGCGCCUUUGGCGAGGUGCAGCUGGUGCGACAAAAACACACUAAAAAGGUGUACGCGAUGAAGCUACUCUCAAAGACCGAAAUGAUCAAGCGCUCCGACUCUGCCUUCUUCUGGGAGGAGCGCUUUAUUAGCGCCUUUGCAAAGUCUGAAUGGAUCGUCAAGCUGCACUACGCAUUCCAGAAUAGCCAGUUUCUCUACCUGGUCAUGGACUUCAUGCCCGGCGGCGACCUGGUGAACCUGAUGGCAAAGUACGACGUGCCCGAGAAGUGGGCCAAGUUCUACACCGCCGAGGUGAUCCUCGCCCUGGACGCCAUUCACAGCAUGGGCUUCGUCCACCGGGACAUCAAGCCGGACAACAUGCUGCUCGACCACCGGGGCCACGUCAAGCUGACCGACUUUGGCACCUGCAUGCGCAUGGACGACCAGGGGCUGGUCCACUCGGAAACGGCCGUCGGCACGCCGGACUACAUCUCACCGGAGGUGCUCAAGUCGCAGGGCUCCAAAGGCUGCUACGGACGGGAGUGUGACUUCUGGUCCGUGGGCGUCUUCCUCUACGAGAUGCUCAUCGGCGAUACGCCCUUCUACGCCGAGUCACUGGUGGGCACCUACGGGAAAAUCAUGGAGCACCAGAAGAGCCUCUCCUUCCCCGAUGACAUUGAGAUCAGCGGCGAGGCACGCCACCUCAUCUGCUCCUUCCUCACCGACCGCAGNCCGGUCCUCCCGGAGCUCUCCGGCGACGACGACACGAGCAACUUCGACGACGUGCCCGAGCCGGAAAGCAACGGCAGCCGCCAGCCGGGUGGCCACCUCGCCGACAGCAGCUUUCCCGAGCCGAAGACCUUUGCCGGAAAUAACAUUCCAUUUGUCGGUUUCACCUACUCGGACGACUACCAGCUGCUGUCGGGCAGCCUCUCUGCUGCAGCUGGACAGCAACAACAGCAACAACUGAGCGGCGGCUCGCGCGGCGACGCAAGCGCAAACGGCGGCAGUGGCUCACGGCGCAACUCUCGCAAGCGCAACUCAGUGCAAAUGGACGACGACGCCAGUUCCGAACUUAGCCGAAAGAUGGGCAAACUGGAAGAGGAGAAGCGGCGCGUCGUGGAGACCUACGAGGAACUGGAGAGCAAGUACCGCCUCGCCCUGAACCAGCUGGAGAAGCAGGCCGAGGAGAUGGCCUCGCUGCGCAACGAGAAGCUCGAGGUGGAGAAGGCGGUCGCCGUGCUGGAGCUCGACUUCAAGGCCCUCAGAAACAAGCACGAACAGGAGGUGAAGGCGCACGGCACCGCCGAGGCGACCAUCGCCGAGCUGAAGGCCAAGUUCGAGAGCGACCGGUCACGCCUGGCCAAUCAGCUGACGCUGGCCGGCGAGAAGUACAGCAGCCUGGAAAAGCAGAUUGCCCUCCUCUCGGAGAAGCUGAAGGCGGAGAGUGAGGCGGUGACGAGGGAGGCUAAUGCCAGCUCCGAGCUGAAGCACCUGCUCGCCGCCAGCGAGUCGGCCAUGGCCGAGCUAAGGGCCAAGGUGGAGCUGGAGCGGGUCAAGGAGCGCGAGCUGGACCAGCUCAAGGACCAGCUGGGCGCCAGCAUGGCCAAGGUCAAGGAGCUCGAUGCGACCAUCCUCUGUCUGCGUGGCGAGCUAAAAGAUUACAAGAUGAAGCAGCAGCAGCAACAGCAGCAGCAGAUGAUGCCGCCGCAGACUCGUCCAAGGAACGAGCACCACAUUGACCAACACGACAACUUCAACAACAACAACAACAACAACAGCAGCACCGGCAACCAGCUGGGCGCCAUUGGCAUGACUCCCUCCGAUAGCAUGCACUCCACCACCGGUAGCUCACUAGAUGAUGUCCACUCUUUGAGCGUACUCCUGGAGCGAUCUCGCACUGAAAAGGAGCAACUAGAGCUGGUGAUCAAGGAGAAAGAGCAGCAGAUUGAACUGCUAGAGAUGACCCGAGAGCAGACGGCUCAGAAACUGAACAUGGCCGAAGCGGACGCCCGUGCUGAGGUGGCCGCCAUCAAGGCGCUGCUUGAUGACACAACUGAAAAGUACCAGCGCCUGAAUAGUGAUCUGAAUGAACUCAAGGUGCAGCUGGACACAGAGCGGUGCUUCAACAGCCUCUACAAGACACAACUCGACGAGAUGAUGGACGAGUUCAAGGAGAAACUAGAUGAGAACUCCAAGCUUCAGGACGAGCGACAAUCGCUGAGCAACCAGCUGGAGCGCUUCGCCGAGUUGAACAAGGCCGAGGCUGUGGCGAAGAGCGUCGUCGAGGAGCGCCUGGCCAUGCUCGAAAAGGAAAAAGCCGUCCUCGAGCUAGAUCUGAAGGAGCUUCGCAGUCAAUCGGAGUCGGCGGAGAGCCGAGAGCUAGAGCUUAAACGCAGCCUCGAGCUGAACUCCAAGGAAAGUCGCGACUUGGCGGAGAAGUUGAAAGUCACCGCCGAGGAGCUGGAGACGCUGCGAGCCAACGACCCAAAGCGGGAGAUUGAGCAGCUGCAGAAGCAACUCUCCGUGGAGAAGAUGCUCAAAGAGCAGGCGGUCAACAAGCUGGCGGAGAUUAUGAACCGCAAGGAGAUGAACAUCAACGGAAAGACGGCCAAGAACUCCAAGAGCUCCACCUCGGCGGCCGACCUGCGCAAGAAGGAG